AUGACGGGAAAGAAGUCUUCCAGGGAGAAGCGGCGCAAACGAAGCGGUCAGGAGGAGGCGGCGGCGGCCCUCGCGGCGCCGGACCUGGUCCCCGCCGUAGGCAGCAGUGGCAGUGGAAGCACCAGCGGCUGCGGGAGCGCAAGCGGCUGCGGGAGCGUCACCUGCUGUGGGAGCACUAGCGCGAGUGGAAGUGUCACUGGCGGCGGGAGCGGCAGCAGCUGCUGGGGUGGCAGCAGCGUGGAGCGCGGUGAGCGUGGGAAGCGGAGAAGCACUGACUCAUCUUCCAGCGUCGCCGGCUCUCUGCAGCAGGAGACCAAAUAUCUUUUGCCACCUGUGGAAAAAGAGUUAUUCUUGGCAGAGCACAGUGACCUUGAAGAAGGUCGAUUAGACCUGACUGUGGCAUUAAAACCAGUUAGUUUCUGUAUAUCAGACAAAAAAGAAAUGCUUCGGCAGUGUUUCUGUAUCAUAGGAGAGAAGAAGUUACAGAAGAUGCUUCCUGAUGUGUUAAAGAACUGUUCAAUAGAAGAAAUUAAAAGACUUUGCCAGGAACAGCUAGAGCUCCUGUCUGAAAAAAAAAUUUUGAAGAUUCUUGAGGGUGACAAUGGUUUGGACUCUGAAAUGGAAGAAGAAGCAGAUGACGGCUCUAAGAUGGUAUCUGAUUUAGUUAAUCAACAAGACAGCUGUGUAGAUUCUACUUCAUCCCUGAGAGAGAACAAGCGACCUGAAGGUUUGGGAUCAAAACAAGGUAGGGGUCACAUACUUGACUUUCUCUGA